UCCCGGACGGCGCCCCCCAUGGAGGCCUUCCCCGGCGGCAAGCUGGAGCCGCACCGGCACCUCCCGCCCGUAGAGCGCCUGCCGGGCUCCCGCUACGGCGGCCGGAGCCACAGCGCCUGCGGGAACGUCUUCAACUCGUGGAACGAUUACCUGGGGCUGGCCACGCUCAUCACCAAGGCCGUGCGCCCCGGCAAGGGCUUCGGCGCCGAGCCGCCCGCCGUGGUGGUGGCGGCGGCCGAGGAGGAGGAGGAAGAAGAAGAGGAGGAGGAAGAGGCGGCGGGGCCGUACUUCGGGGGCGCGCUGGACUUGCACGAGCUGGAGCUGUGCGGGCACCACCACCACCACCACCACGGCGAGGGGCUGCUGGAGGAGCGCUUCGCCGACUUCAGCCCCUUCCCCGGGCGCGGCGGCCCCGCCGCGGUGCUCUUCGACUGCUCGGGGGAGCACGCGGGCCGGGACGGCUCGGCUCACGCGUGGGGCGCGGGCGUGGUGGUAGCGGGCCGGCUGCCUGCGCACCCGCGGGCCGCGGGGCGCCUGCUGAAGCCCGAGCUGCAGGUGUGCGUCUUCUGCCGGAACAACAAGGAGGCGGUGGCCCUGUACACCACGCACAUCUUGAAGGGACCCGACGGCCGCGUGCUGUGCCCGGUGCUGCGCCGCUACACCUGUCCCCUGUGCGGCGCCAGCGGGGACAAUGCCCACACCAUCAAGUACUGCCCGCUGUCCAAAAUGCAGGCGGCCAAACAGCUCCGGCACGCCCGGACCGCGCUGGGCAAGAAGGCCCGCUAGGAGCGGGGCGCGCGGGGACUGGCGGGCGGCUUCGGCGCGGCGGGGACGCCCUGUACGUGUUUCUUGUAAGAAAUAUAUAUAUAUGUGGUUUUUAAGAAAAUGGGAUUCACCGCGAGAUCCGACGGGGGCGGCGCUCGGAGCGGGCGGUGUCGCCCCCUGCUGCCCCCCGCUGCUGCCCGCCCGGCCCGGGGCAGCGGCCGCCCGCUGCCCGACGGGGACGGAAGGGGUCCGAGCCGCUCCCUCGGCCGCCUUAGAACCGUUCGCGUUUCUCGCUCGGUGCUCGGCAGCCCCUCCGCUGAAUGGCUGCACCCGGGGCGGGGGAAGAACGGGACGGUGCCGCCCGGCUCCCUUUGACUGUUUAUGGACACAAAAGCAAGAAAGGCGUAAGGAAAGUUCUCUGAUGCUUUCCGAGGGGACGUUCUGCCAGGGCUGCGAUACACCUGCCUCCCCCGCUCUGUAGAUUAAGCUACUCCAUAGCAACUGCCCCCAUUGCACUGCCUGGGAGCUUGUCAACACCGCAGGAUGUCUCCUUGCCUUGGAUGCCGGCUCCGUCCUCGUGCAGCGCCUGUCCCUGCCUUCCACCUGGGAGAGAAGAAAGCUGCUCUUGUGAUGGUGGCUCCAAGUCGUCCUGCUCUCCGUGUGCACCUGCCCUGCAUGGCAUCAGGCCUGGGAGCUGAGCCCCAGCACUAAGGACCCCUUCUCCUUCUCCCCAUCUCUCUCUCGAUCUUUUGAUGCUGACGGGGGAGCAGAAGCUGGAACAGCAGCAGGAGCUGAUCGCCGAAAUGUUUCCCGUUCUUCCACUCGUUCUUCUCUCCUAUCGUCGGAACGCCGCCAUGAGCUUGCUGCAAACACAGAAGACAUUAAAACCACUUGUUGUCACGGUCAACCAGCAGCCUGCAAGAGUUUAAACAAACAAGCCUAGCACUGACAGUCUGAGUUACGGAUUCUCAGCCUUGCCAAGAGUUAAUACGACGAUGACAGCCAAAUGCACAGCUUAAUUUUAUAAUGAAGUAAUGGACAGGAACUACUCGUGCCUCUUAGAGAUUCACGAUUGCUGUCAGCAAGUGAAGUGUCGUUUUUAAAGCACAGUAACUGCAAUAAGAAUGUUCUAGUGAUGUACAUGGCUUUACAAUGUAAAAUACAUCCUUAUAUUAUCAGAAUUAAAAGCACAAAAGCAUCUCUUUAGAAAUGAUUGAAAAAUAUGUAGGUGUUCAGUGUCUCGACAGCCUUUUGCUGUUCAGCAUUCUUGAACUCAGAGGUAGACGUGACACUGGAUUACACAACUCCCCCCAUACUAGUCUUCAGCAUUCUUCACUAUAUGAAGAAUUGUUCAUUUCCACCAAAAAGAGCUUAAGAAUUAUACCCCAGCUAUGAAUGAACAAAGCAGUGUCAAACACCAAACCAGACGAUCAAACAAUAAAGCAGUUCUUGAUAUAUUUUAUAGGUAGAUGUAUAUAUCUCCCCACACUGGGAGCCCUCAACCUUUCUGCCAGCUGAAGUCCUGUAAGGUGUGUUCUCUUCCAGUGCACUCUGCCAUGAGCUGCAUGACAGCACCCAUGUUCAGGGAGCACCAGCGCUCAAGGUAGAAUGCAAAUGGAAUUCUGAACCUGAGAACUCCAGAAUGGGAAGAUGUGGUAUCUCAGGCUAAAUGUCUUUGCUGUUACUGGUUCGGUUUUUUUUGUUUGGUUGGUUCGGUUUUUUUAGGAGACAGCAAAGUAUAAAUGAAUGUACAUAAUUAAAACUCAUCAAUGUACAAAGUUAAAGUAGGUUAUUCAUCAAAAAUAAAUACCACUAAUAGCGUGAAACCUGUAAGGCCUUAUUUGCAAAUAUUUCUCUCAGUUUUGAGAAACGAGCCAGAAAUUACUUUGUGGGGCAGCUCUCUUGAUAAUGGAAUGAUAAAAAAAAUUCAUUCACCUCAAAUGUAAUGCUACAGCGAUAACUGGAGACUUAAAGUGUUUUCAUUCUACUGCAGAUCUGAGCUGCUACUACGAUAGAAAAGAGCAGGACUGAAAAUAAGACUCAUGGAGAAUUUCUCAAUUAUA